AUGACUGAUACAAUUUGUUCAACGCCUAAUUGUAAUAUUCCUUUACUACGUUCAAAAGACAAAUCGAUAAGCUUUUGUGUUAUUUGCGAUGACAAGGAAACUGAAAAUGCUUCGAAAAAAAGUUAUAAUGCAUCAUCUUCUUCAAUGAAUGAAAGUAGAGAGCUUUCAAGCUCAAAGACUAUUCAAAGAAAAAGAGAAGUUGAAGUUACAACGUGA